AUGAUGGAAGUUGCAGCUAGCAAAAUGACACCAAAUGAUGAGUCAUGGACAAGUUGGUUAUGUGAUUUGGAUCCAGAAGAUUACAAAAUCAUCAAUGACAUAAACAUAGUACCUUUGUCACAAGACCAUAACAUCUUGCAACAAUCUUUGUCCAGUGGUAGCCAUUGUUCUCACACAACCUCAAGCACUAUGAGUAAUUCCUCAGGAGAUGUUGUUAACAGCUUUGAGAGACCUACAAAGACACUCAAGACUAAUAGCCCUUCAAAUAUAGGGUCUCAUUCCUACGUUCUCUGUUUCAACAAUCCAGAACCAGAGCAAGAACAAGAACUAGAACCUAAAGGUAAGAUUUUGAAUUAUGGCAAGUGUUUAACCUCACAAGGGUUAUCGGAAAAUCAGAAAAAGGAAACUAAACGAAGUAUUGUAGAGAGCAAAAAGAGUGAUUCAGUUGCAAAACAUGCUCAAGAUCACAUAAUUGCUGAGAGAAAAAGAAGAGAAAAACUUAGUCAACAGUUCAUAGCUCUUUCAGCACUGAUUCCAGAUUUAAAAAAGAUGGAUAAGGCUUCUGUGUUAGGAGAUGCAAUAAACCAUGUGAAACAGCUUCAAGAACAAGUGAAGAUAUUGGAACAGAAGAACCAAAGGAAAAACAUUGAAUCUGUGGUUUAUGUUGAGAAGACAACAAAGUCAUGUUCUUCAGAUGAAGAUGUUUCAGUUUCAGACACUUCAUCAAAUUCUGGAAAUGGUGGUAAUAAUUAUUGUCACCCGAAUAGGUCACUGCCAGAAGUUGAGGCAAGAGUGUCAGAGAAAAACGUGCUGAUAAGAAUUCACUGUGAGAAAGAAAAAGGUGUGUUGAUGAAGAUAAUACACGUGAUAGAGAAUCUUCAUCUUUCUGUCAUUAGUAACAGUACCUUGCUUUUUGGAACCACGAAACUUGACAUAACCAUCAUAGCUGAGAUGGAUGAUGAAUUCAGGCUAAGUGUGCAGGAGCUGGUUAGAAGCAUUCGAGUUGGACUGUUGCAAUUCAUGAAGUACUAG